GCGCGUGUCCGUGCUGCGCGCUCCCGUGUAGACAGCGCGAGGAGAGAGACUUCAAGAACGGGCAAGGAAACGGAUCGCGGAGAGAGAAAAAAAUCAUGAAAAUGCGCCCGGAGGGUAAAUGAAGGAUGUUUCCUUCCUACGGAAAAAAAAAAACGACCGUGUGAAUUUGCGUGAAGUGUCGUGAGGUGGGAUCUUAAAGAUCUGCGUAGGAUUACGGUUUUAGUAACGCAAUAAAACCGGGUAUUUUUUGGGGGGGAAUGAAAAUGUCAGGAAUGGAGGCUUUCAUAGUAGUUCACCAAAGCAGGACAGAAGAUUUGACACGUGGACUAAACAGCGAAUAAACACCCAGUUCUGAAAAGGAAUAAAGAACGUCUGUGGGGUUUUUUUUUGUAUUUUUUGUUUUUGUUUUUGUUUUUUUUACAUAUUUUUGGCCACGUAGCCCCUCCUUCGUGGCCGAUGACAAGAAUACGUGUUGAGAGCCUGAAGGACGGAGGCGUGUGCUGAGGGAAAGUGUUUGUCAGCAUCUCUGUGUUCUCACAAACCAUGUGGCCGAGGAAUCAGCUCUCAGUGGUCUGGCCUGGAUGCCAUGCCACCGGGCUGUGGAUAUGGUUGUUUUGCUCAUUUUUGGCAUUGGCACGGGCGCAGAGCUACUACCCCACAGUGAACACACAUUACGGAAAGCUGCGCGGUAUGCGCGUUCCACUUCCCAGUGAGAUCCUGGGCCCUGUGGACCAGUACUUGGGUGUGCCUUACGCCGCACCACCUGUGGCUGAGAAGCGGUUCCUGCCCCCCGAGCCACCCUCGUCAUGGUCAGGCAUUAAGAAUGCCACGCACUUUGCGCCCGUAUGCCCACAAAACAUCCACAACGCCGUGCCUGAGAUCAUGAUGCCCAUCUGGUUCACUUUUAACUUGGAUAUAGUUGCCACUUAUAUACAGGAGCAAAAUGAGGAUUGUUUGUACCUCAACAUAUAUGUGCCAACUGAAGAUGUCAAAAGAAUAUCCAAGGAAUGUGCCAGAAAACCCAACAAGAAAAUAUGUAGAAAAGGAGGGGCCCAUGCUAAAAAACAGGGUGAAGAUUUAGCAGAUAAUGACGGCGAUGAAGACGAAGACAUACGAGAUACCGGUGCCAAACCUGUGAUGGUCUACAUUCACGGAGGCUCCUACAUGGAGGGCACAGGCAACAUGAUCGACGGCAGCGUGUUGGCCAGCUACGGCAACGUCAUCGUCAUCACGCUCAACUUCCGGGUCGGCGUCUUAGGCUUCCUGAGCACAGGUGACCAGGCCGCUAAAGGUAAUUACGGCCUCCUGGAUCAGAUCCAGGCCUUGCGCUGGAUCAGCGAGAACAUUGGCUACUUCGGUGGCGAUUCUAACCGCAUCACAGUCUUCGGCUCAGGCAUCGGCGCUUCGUGUGUGAGCCUGUUAACCUUGUCCCAUCACUCAGAAGGUCUGUUUCAUCGUGCUAUCAUCCAGAGCGGCUCGGCACUAUCCAGCUGGGCUGUCAACUACCAGCCUGUGAAAUAUACGCGUCUGCUCGCAGAGAAGGUGGGCUGUAAUGUGCUGGAUACCAUGGACAUGGUGCACUGCCUGCGUAAAAAGAACGCCCGUGAACUAGUAGAGCAGGACAUCCAACCUGCACGCUACCAUGUGGCCUUUGGGCCAGUGAUUGAUGGUGAUGUGAUCCCAGAUGACCCAGAGAUCCUCAUGGAGCAGGGCGAGUUUCUCAAUUACGACAUUAUGCUUGGCGUGAACCAGGGUGAGGGCCUUCGCUUUGUAGAAAAUGUCGUGGACUCUGAAGACGGCGUCUCAGGCAACGACUUUGACUUCUCUGUGUCUGACUUUGUAGACAGCCUAUAUGGCUACCCAGAGGGGAAAGACACUCUGAGGGAGACUAUCAAGUUUAUGUACACUGACUGGGCUGACCGAGACAAUCCAGAAACACGACGCAAGACCCUUGUCGCACUCUUCACUGACCAUCAAUGGGUGGAACCAUCGGUAGUGACAGCUGACCUGCACGCUCGCUACGGCUCACCCACCUAUUUCUAUGCCUUCUAUCACCACUGCCAGAGUUUGAUGAAACCCGCCUGGUCAGAUGCGGCACAUGGAGACGAAGUACCGUAUGUCUUUGGAAUCCCCAUGAUCGGUCCUACUGACCUGUUCCCCUGCAACUUCUCUAAGAAUGAUGUUAUGCUCAGUGCCGUGGUUAUGACCUACUGGACUAACUUUGCCAAGACUGGGGACCCCAACAAGCCAGUGCCCCAGGACACCAAGUUCAUUCACACAAAAGCCAACCGCUUUGAGGAAGUGGCCUGGUCCAAAUACAACCCCCAGGACCAGCUGUACCUCCACAUCGGCUUGAAGCCACGUGUUCGUGACCACUACCGUGCUACAAAGGUGGCCUUCUGGAAGCAUCUGGUGCCACACCUUUACAACCUGCAUGAUAUGUUCCACUACACUUCAACCACGACACGAGUGCCACCCCCUGAGACCACGCAGAACUCACUGGCCACCAAGAGGCCUAAUGGCAAGGCUUGGAAUUUCAACACCAAGCGGCCCCCCAUGUCACCAGCUUACAACAGCGAGAGUGGCACAGAACGACGGAACAGCGCUGACAACGAUGAAACUGGACCAUUACUUGUCGAGAAUGCACGCGACUAUUCAACCGAGUUGAGUGUCACCAUUGCUGUGGGGGCCUCGCUGCUUUUUCUCAACGUGCUCGCCUUUGCUGCACUUUACUACCGCAAAGACAAGCGGCGCCAAGAGCAGCGGCCACAAGGCAGCCCACCUCGCACAAACGCCAACUCCAAUGUCAAUGGUACCAGCGUUGAGGAUGAGAUUGCAUCACUGCAAGUGAACCAAUGUGACGCCACACCAUCUGGAGAGGCACUGCCGCUCACCGCACUUCCCGACUACGCGCUGACUCUGCGCCGCUCACCGGAUGACAUCCCGCUCAUGACGCCCAACACCAUCACCAUGAUCCCCAACUCGCUGGUGCCCAUGCCCAACCUGCACCCAUAUAACACCUUCACAGCCGGCUUUGGCACAGCCGGUCUGGCCCACUCACACUCCACCACCCGUGUAUAGCUUUAAUGAGGGUGCAGAAGAGUAUUGGGUUUUGUAGGAAUAUCACAGUUAUGGAAGAGAAGAAAAGAAAGAUUUUGAAUAGACAUUUUGUCACAAGCGGUUGUUUUCUGAAUGUCGAUUCAAUUCGAUUGGUUGUGAACUACUCCAUGUUCCCUUCCAAUGGGAUGAGCAGUUCGAGCAGUAUUUUUUUCUAAUAAUCAUUUUAAAAAUUGGGGGACAACCUUUUUAAGAAGACUGGGCAGUUAUUGGCAACACUUCUUUUGAAUAAUUAACAAAAAUGAAGAAAAGUGCUUUUUAUUUCCCAUUUCGUUCUCGUGUGGGAAACACAUUUCAAAACAAUGGCCUCUCAGAUGACAUUCGCAUAAUGCGUGUUGCUUUUUUCUCAUCAAUGCCUUACAUGCCAGCUUGAGUUUUAGUUUUGUCCUUUUUAUCUUUCAGUGACAUGAGCUUGCCUGGAACUUAUUUAGCCAGAGUCGUUGGAUUAAGAAAGAGUCAUAGCAAAAAUACGGAGAGAAACGAAGCAAUCCAGACCAGCUUUUUCAGUUGCAUAUACUCAUACAUGGUUUUACCUUUUUUCCUUAUUUCCAGUAACAAUAAUUUGUCUGAUCCCGACUCUGUCGUGAGACAAGACUGAAGAUACAGACUUUACUGUGAGUGUUUUGUUAAGAAAAAUUGCAUAUUUUAUGACAAAAUGAACUAUCUUCAUGAAAUGCACACUUACACACGUACUGUGUGUGUGUGUGUGCGCGCGUGUGUGUGUGUGUGUACAUUUACCCUAUUUUUGGUUGAACAUUGUGUCUUUGGGGUGGGACAAGGAGGGCUUCUUUACCAUGUUGAUGAUUUUCACCAGUAGUGUUUGAGCUGCACCUCUGCAAAAUAGCACUUUUUUGUUCUUUUAAAAAGAAGUUAUAUAUGUCUAAUUUUGCUUAAGAAUUACAAAAAUAAAUAUAUUAUUUUACAUGUAAAAGAAAAAAAUAGCUUAAUAUUCAACUGAACUAACUGACAUGAUUCCACUGACUUUGGCCUGUUUGCACUGAAUAAUAUUAGUUCAGUGAAGACCUGUUUCUAUAUAUAUAUAUAUAUAUAUAUAUAUAUAUAUAUAUAUAUAUAUAUAUAUAUAUAUAUAUAUAUAUAUGGGCAUACAUUCAUAUAUGUAUAGGGCUUUUAUGAAGAUUAUACUCCCAUUGAUCUCAACAUAUUAACGACCAUUUACUACUAGAUUAAAAGCAUCACUAUCCAGAAAGCUGAGCGAUUAGUGUUUGUACUAGUCCAAUUUUCCAUAAACACCAUAAUCCCAGGCCACACCAAUUGUCUUUUUAACAGCUCUAUAUGUAUAUUUAUGUAUAAAUAUAUUUAAUAUUUAUUUAUGUAUACCAGAUGUAUACAUGCUGAUUGUGCCAUGUGCCAAAUUAAAUCAUAAAACUGGAGAAGACAUGUUGCAAAAACAUAUUAUUUCUCAUCCAGACUUCCUCUGAUUUUUUUCUACUCAAUUUCAUUGCAUCAGAUUGUGUUAGUUUUUGGUCAAACUGUCAAAACAACCUGUUUAUACCGUCAAAUGCUGUUCUCCCUCCCUCCCGAACUGAGAGGAAAACAUCCUGGCAGCUCUGGCAGCCAAGAUCAAAUGAAAAACAGGAAGGAAGUCAGUGGUCCAAAGAGAUGAAUUUGUAUUAAAGGCACGCAAGUUUCAGUCAGAGGUUUUAACUAGUUUGAGCUCAUUGAUAGUCAAUCAUGUGGUAAACGCGGCACUAUAUUGUAGAGCAAGUUACCGAAAUCAAGCUGAGCAUGGGGUUCCCAGUCAAUAACACACUUAUGCUUGUUCACAUUAAUCAACAUCCUCCUGCUCAUCACAAUAACUCUUGAAUGCACUUUUAUUAAAUCUUGUACUAAAGAUUUGUGUAUAUAUUUGGCCACAAAUUGAGAGCAGACAUUUCCCCAGAAAGUCUCUACUCAUCACCAUCUCCAACUAAAAUGUACACAAAUACUUUUGACUGUCUUAAAAACCAUAGUUAAAUGGUAAAAAUAAAUUACUUCCCCUUUGGCUGUGUGGACUGCAGCAAAAAAAUUGGAAGCCGUCAAUGCUUGGAGUUUGUAGUUGAUGAGUUAAUUAGUGAAAUUCCUUAGGAAGGACCUUUAACAGAAGUCAACGCUCCAAAACGAGGAUACAACCUUCUUCGAGGAGGUGACUAGUGUAGAGAUUAAAGAGCAAGAUUUACUAUCCAACUGUUUAAAUUCUUUUAAUGAGAAGAAAGUUCAUAUAAAGACCACAAUGUAAACCUUCAGCAUUAUUUCUUUUGACCAACUGAGUCAUGGCAGGUGGCCAAUUAGAAUGUAGCUCUACUUCCAGUUCCUCACAACAUGGGGAUUAGAUGCUUUGUCUCAUUCGAAUACCUCCAAGCAAGCAGCAGUUGGUCAGAGCAGGGAGUUGAAAUACUCCUAGAAUCAAUAUCAUUUUUAGAAUAAAAUAUUGCAGAUUAUAAGCAUUAGAACAGCAGGGGUCCCUGCUGAAUGGAAAAUAAUUGCAGAACCUACAUCAUUCUUUACAUAUGUUUAUGUGUAAUUAGUUGGUUAAUGAUUUUACUCUUAGCUUUCAGCACACUGUUCAGGUUCAUUUGUUUAAAAUAACCAGUAUGUCAUUUAUGCUAUAGUUAUUUUUAGGUCCCGUCUGUAAUAGCUACUUUAAGCUUCACAAAGUCUGUCAGUGCUACUCCCUGCUGCAUAGCACACUCUAUUCAUACAGCUCCCUGCUGAUCCAGUGACCUGUUUGCACAUGAGUUAUUGCGCUCCAUACAGCAACGGUGUGAGUGGGUGUAACUGGAUCUAUUUAUUUGUGGUAGUGUAUAUUGUUGUAAAGAGAAUGUAGUGACACAAGGAGCAUCACUGAUUUCAUCUGAAACUCUGGUUCAUAGCAAGACACACCUCAGAGCUUUUUGUUCUUCAGGAACUGAAUGCGAUAUUAAGAGAGAGCAAAAUUUGGGCAGACCAUGGCAUAGACUCUGAGGAAGGCAGGACUCCCACCCUCAACUCUAAGCAAUGGCAGCUUGCCUAAAGGAUUGAUCAAGAAGGGUAUUCGAUGAAGCAUCUAAUCCCCACAUUGUGAGCUGAAACUCACUGCACUGCCCUGGAGGACUAGGCAGAACUGUGAAACUGGAUGUUUUUCUACCAUGAUUGCUGUCAAGGCAGUUGCACUGGCAUGCUCUCAAAGAUAUAUCAAAACUACAUCUCUAUGUCUCAGACAAAGCACUGUUUCAUUACUGAGCUGUUCAUUUUUAACCUCUUUUACUUUGCAUUUUGUUUUGCGUUGGCCCCCACCAUUAACAUGGAUUCUUUAAGGAUUUUGCCUUGUCUUAGCCAGAUUAAUAACCAAACACUUGGUAACUGACUGAAGUGAAGUGAUAUUUUCUACUCUACUAAUCUGUGUAGCAUCUUCUGUACUAUGUUGAAUAGAAGCAAAAUCCCAUCAUUUGUUAGUGCUUUUUUAAGUGUAAAAACAGUGGUUUGGUUUAAGAAGAGACUGAAGUUGUUCUCAUCAUUAUGUUGCAGUUCUGUGCAUUUAUGUGUAAUGGACAUUUUCUUUGCAAUACACUGGUGGCAAUCCACUUAAUCAUGUAAUUCACUAUUUAUUGUCUCAGUAUCUCUUCAUCCUGUUUGUAAGUAAUGAUGAAAGAAAGAUGGCCGGGUAAAUGCCAGAAGAAUUAUGAUAAUCAGACACUAAGAUAUGAACAGGAAAUAUGA